ACCAUCACAGCCCAGAUGGGUUCAUCCCAGCGCUGGGAUGAGCGCGGCGCUGCCGAAGGUGCUGUGCUUGAAGAAGGCAGCGUUGCUAAAGCAAGUGUUUGCUCUCAGCAGAGCAGCAACACCCAGAGGAAGCCAACUGUGUGCUGCAGGUGAUGCACUCCUGAGUUGCCACAGACACUACAGGUCCAAUCCUACACAUGGCAUUGGGAGGUUCAAAUACCUGCUCCCAAAAGAGGUUCCAAAGAAGAAAAAGGACAAAGUACAUAUGAAAGAGAUAAAUACUGGGACAGAUUAUGAGUAUGGAGAUAUCAACAUCCAGAUGACUUCCUAUGAUAUGUGUCUUGUGGAGCAUUUUGCUCAGUACGUGCAUAAGCUCUGCAACAGACUCUCCAUUAGAGUCAAUGAAAGCUACGCGAUGCCCACCAAAACCGAGGAAGUGCUGUUCGUGGAAGAGAAAGGUUCUAAACCGCAGCUGGAUGCUGUCCUUACAACCCAUCAGAGGGUUAUCCAGAUCAGCCAUUUGAGCUCAACGUUUGCUCCAAUCCUCUUGGAAAUCAUUCAGAGUAACCAGCCUGAAGGGGUCCAUCUGUUAGUGAAAGAGCACACAGAAGCUGACUUCAAGAGCCGAUUGAAGGCUCGACCAGAACUUGAAGAGCUGAAGGCACAGAUGAGCUGAGAUGAAGAUGAACUCUCCAUCCACUUUGGAGCCACUCCUGGGAAAAUGACCUUCCCCACAUGGUUGUUAGGCCUCCAGAAGGUGGUUUCAUGAGCAUUGUACCAAUAAUGUGGUGAGUGGGAAGAAAAUUCCCUGUUAAGGAGCUUGUCUUAAUAAAUACAUGUGUUUAACUGA